ACAAGAUGAAUGUUGGAUUACAUUAUAUUUUGUACAUGAACCAAAUUUUAAUAAAACUUUAAGAAUGUAUCCGUUCACUGACCGCAGUGUAUCUGCCUGGUAAACCUGACUCGGGGCCCAAAUAACCCCAUGUUCCCUUCGCUUUUUGAGUUGACCUACAUCGACUACCGUACUAGUAGUUUCGUAGAGGCGGUUACGAACAAACAUGCACGUUUAAUAACUCUUAUAGCGUCUUAAUGAACAAAUAAUAACUUUGUAUGAACCUUCUCAUGUCCGGAAACCCAUCCUGACACAUAUACAAACUGUAAACAGUUCAAACGAGCGGUUACAGAUAUUUAGUUAUGUUAGCAUGAAGAUGCUAACGUUAACCACUUCCUGUGUAGUUUUGUAACAGGCUAAUAAUGAAGUUAUGCAAGUUUAAAAUGCGGAUUCAUUCACAACAGGGUCGACUGGCUCCAUGACAGGUGAGAUGUCUCAGGUGCGGCAGGCGGUGAGAGAUGCCUUGUGGGGGAUGUGUGCGGCGGACGCCAUGUCCAUGCCGGUGCACUGGUACUACAACGUGGACGACAUCCGGAGGGACUUCGGAGGCUGGAUCUCAAGCUUCACUUCGCCCAGAAAUAAACACCCGUCCAGCAUCCUCGGCCUCUCCAGCACCGCCGGCAGCGGUCGCAGCGCCGCGUCGUCCAGCGCCAAGCGGCCCGACGUGGUCGGAAACGUGAUUCUGCACGACAAACUGGAGCUGUGGACGUCCAGAGGAGCCGUGCACUACCACCAAGGUCUGCGUGCGGGGGACAACACGCUGAACGUGCUCUGCUCGCUGCGUGCCGCCCGCUCGCUCGUCUCCGGACGCUUCCUGGACGUCUCGCAGCCGGACGCCCGCGCCGCCGUGCUGUCGGACUACGUGCACUUCCUGACCACGCCCGGCUCGCACCGCGACACCUACGCUGAGUCCUUUCACCGCUCCUUCUUCGCCAGCUGGCAGGACAGCAGGCCCACCUCGCCCCGGCAGGUUCUGGAGUUCGCAGAGAAGCGCAGCAGCCGCGCACUGAGCUCCUCCUUCCCCGACAGCCAGCUGGACGCCAUCGGCUGCCUUCCCAUGAUCCUCCCCUUCGUCCUGCUGUCCGCCAGCCAGGAGCAGGCUGUGUCGGCAGCGGUGGAGUUCGUGAAGCUCACCCACCCCCACCCGAAGGUGCCCGGGUACGUGUCGCUCUACAGCCGGGCGCUGCACGCCGUGCUGGGUGGAGCCAGCGUGCGGCAGCAGGCGGAGCUUGCGCUGAGGAGCCUGGACACCUGGGAGGUCAGCAGGAGCUACAGCCGUCGCGCCGCCAGGUUCCCUGCAGGUUCUCAGCAGUGUCUUCAGGUCCAUCAGAACGCUGUUCAGUAUCUGGGUGUCGCCUGCUACACUAAAGGUGCUCUGUCCAGUCUCUUUUAUCUCGCUCACGAGUUCCACGACGACCUGACGGGAGGAAUCCUGAACAACACCAACUGUGGAGGGGAGAACUGCAACCGCGGAGCGGCGCUGGGCGCUCUGCUGGGGGCGGGGGAGGCGUACGGGGGGUCUCGGGGGGGGGGCGUUCCUCAGAAGUGGAGGGAGCAGCUGAGCGAUGCCCGUGAGCUCCUCCCCCCCCUCCUGCAGGACAUGCAGCACUAAUGAGAACAUUUCAAAAUAAAAGUCUGUUUUUCUGUUUAUUCUUUACUUGAUAAUAAAAACUUUUUCCUUCAUUAA